AUGGGGUUGGCAACACAGCAAAAGAUGAUGUUAGGCUUGAGCAAGACCAUUUCAAUGGCUAAGAAGUCUUUGGAGUUCCAUCCCAAGAGGCCCUGGGGCCCGGAAGAUCCAGACGAGGACGAAGAGGAUGACAAUGAUGAAGACGAGAGUGGGUUCUCCCUGGAAGUAGUGUUAAGGCUCAGAGGCACCAAGCAAGAUUACCUUAUGCUGGCUGCUUUGGAUGAGAAUGAAGAAUUGGUAGAUGGAGGCAAAAAAAGAGCAAUUGAUGAUCUUCAGCAAGGUGAAUUGGAAGCAUUUAUUAAAAAUCUUAGUUUGGCCAAGUAUGCAAAAACUUUCUUAAUUGAAGAAGAUGGUCAACCAUCUAAAAAAGAAAGUACCAGUAAAAAAGAAGCAAAUGGAUCUAAUGUAGAUAAUAAAAAGCAAAAUAUAGCAGAAAGUGAAAGGACAUCAAUCAGUAAAAUCAAAAGUAAGAAGAGACUGGAACAACUUCCUGAGAACAACAGCACCACAUCGAGAGUAAAGAAAGAUAAGCAACAGGACAUUUUUGAAUUUCUUGAGAGACAGACAUUGUUACUGAAACCUGGAGGCAAAUGGUAUGAUCUGGAAUAUAGCAAUGAAUAUUCUUUGGAACCCCAGCCUCGGGAUGUUGUUUCAGAGUAUAAAACCUUGGCUCAGAAGUUGUAUGAACAUGAAAUUAACUUAUUCAAAAGUAAGACAAGUAAUCAAUAGGGAGGCUCUUCUACCUGGAUGAAGGCAAUAGUGUCAUCGGGGACGCUAGCUGACAGGAUGGCUGCCAUGAUUCUUCUUAUUCAGGAUGAUGCUGUUCACACACUCCAGUUUGUAGAAACUCUCUUGAACCUCGUUAAAAAGAAGGGCAGCAAACAGCAGUGCCUCAUGGCUCUGGAUACUUUCAAAGAGUUACUCAUUACAGACCUUUUGCCAGACAGUCGAAAGCUCCGUAUUUUUAGCCAGCAUCCUUUCCACAAACUUGAAGAGUUGUCCAGUGGCAACAAGGACUCAAGAGAUAGAAGACUGAUGAUAUGGUAUUUUGAACACCAGCUGAAACACUUAGUGGCUGAAUUUGUGCACAUCUUGGAAACAUUGAGUCAUGACUCAUUAGUCACCACUAAAACUCGGGCGCUUGUGGUGGCUCAUGAGCUUCUUUGUAACAAACCCGAGGAAGAAAAGGCUCUUCUUGUGCAGGUGGUGAAUAAACUGGGAGAUCCUCAGAACAGAAUAGCCACCAAAGCCUCCCAUCUGUUAGAGACAUUACUUUCUAAGCAUCCCAAUAUGAAAGGAGUUGUAUGUAGUGAAGUAGAAAGGCUACUGUUUCGCACAAAUAUCAGCCCCAAAGCUCAGUAUUACGCAAUUUGCUUUUUAAAUCAAAUGACCCUCUCCCAUGAAGAAAGUGAAUUGGCUAACAAAUUGAAGAUGUUGGAUCCAGGAUUGUUAUCAUGUUCCAAGCAAGCCAUGUUUCUUAACCUUGUGUACAAGUCUCUGAAAGCUGACAUCGUGUUGCGCCGGGUAAAGGCUUUUCUGAAAAGGUUACUUCAAGUGACUUGUGAACACAUGCCACCAUUCAUAUGUGGAGCUUUAUAUCUUGUUUCUGAGAUCCUUAAGGCAAAACCAACUUUAAGAAGUCAACUAGAUGAUCAUCAGGAGACUGAUGAUGAGGAAAAUUUUGUCGACGUAGGAGAUGAUGAAGACAUAGACAAAAUCGCUGAUGCAGACAAAGACACAGACAUAGUCAAAAGAGUUGACACAGAGAAAACUGUGUCUGAAAGUAAAGAAGAAACUAAAACACUGGAGACUGCUUCCUGAGUACACUUUAAUAAUCUGAAAGGUGGCAAACAGUCAAAUACAUAUGAUCCAUUCAGUAGAAACCCAUUGUUCUGUGGAGCUGAGCACACAAGUCUUUGGGAACUCAAAAAGCUAUCUGAGCAUUUUCAUCCCUCCGUGGCCCUUUUCGCAAAGACUAUCCUUCAGGGAAAUUAUAUUCAGUAUUCAGAGGACCCACUGCAGGAUUUCACACUAAUGAGAUUCUUGGAUCGAUUUGUGUACCGAAAUCCAAAGCCACAUAAAGGCAAAGAAAACACAGACAGUGUUGUGAUGCAGCCAAAAAGGAAACAUUUUAUAAAGAAUGUUCGUAGUCUUGCUGUGAACAGUAAGGAAUUCCUUGCAAAAGAAGAAAGCCAGAUACCAGUGGAUGAAGUGUUUUUCCACAGGUAUUAUAAAAAACUUGCUAUUGUUAAAGAGAAACAAAAACGGCAUACAGAUGAAGAAAGUAUAGAAGAUGUAGAUGAUGAUGAAUUUGAAAAUAUGAUUGACACAUUUGAAGAUGAUAAUUUUUUCACCUCUGGAAAGGAUGACCUUGAUUUUGCUGGCAAUGUAAAAAAGAAAACAAAAGGAGCUAAGGGUAACCCAGAAGAUGAAGAUUCAGGAGGUAGUGAUGACGACUUUGAUAACCUGGAUGAUGACGAAGUUUCUUUAGGAAGUAUGAAUGAAGAAUUUGCUGAAAUUGAUGAAGAUGGAGGAACAUUCAUGGAUGUAUUAGAUGAUGAAAGUGAAGGUGUUCCAGAACUUGAUGAAGAAGACCACACCAAAGUCAAUACCAAGAGACAAAAGAGAAAAGGUGUCGAUGAUUUUGAUUUUGCUGGGUCAUUUCAAGGACCAAGGCAAAAAAAGAAAGGAAAUGUCAAUGACUCCAGCCUAUUUGUAUCUGCUGAAGAGUUUGGACACCUAUUGGAUGAAAAUAUGGGAUCUAAGUUUGAUCACAUUGGCAUGAAUGCCAUGGCUAACAGAGACAACGCAAGUCUCAAACAGCUCAAAUGGGAGGCUGAAUGUGACGACUGGGUACACAACAGAGAUGUGAAAAGUAUCAUCAAGAAAAAGAAAAAGUUCAAAAACAAGAAGCUGAGAAUGAGUCAGAAAACUAAAAAGCAAAGAAAAUAG